GGACCGCGCGGCUCCAUGGUUCACUCCCUUUGCCGAGAGGCCCUGGCCUUCUUCGGGUUGGGAGAGGUUUUGUCCUUUCCGCCCCACGUGAACCUCGGGUUUGGCAGUCGUCUGUGGGGCCUCAGCCCGCCACAAUGCAGGGGGAGCAGAGUGGAGAUCGGUCUGCUGCCUUGGACACCUGUGAGCCGGAAUCCAGUCAAGCCUCCAGCUGCCUGUGCCAUGGAUCCCAAGGGCAGCAAUGGUUCAUGCCUCCAGGAUGAGCGUAUUACAGACUUGCUGGUGUUUGGCUUCCUUCAAAACUGCUCCAACUACAAUUUCCACAAAGAGCUGCAGGUGUUGGGCCAUGACCUAUCUGUGCCAGCUUGUCUAUGGGAAAACCAUGACGAUGAACUGCAGACCGAUGGCAGCCAGUACAGCCACUUUGUCCUGGAGAGCCGGGAGACAGAUUCUGAGAGUCAAGAUGAAAUCAUCCAGAAUAUCGCCAGGCAACUUGCCCAUAUAGGGGACAGGAUGGACCGCAGCAUCCCCCCAAGACUGGUGAAUCACCUGGCAAUACAGUUUAUGAAUGGGAACCUGUCAGAGGAAGACAGAAGGGAGUGCCUUGCUGCUGCCCUGGAGCAGGUCAUGCACACUUAUCCUAAAGACAUGGAAAAGGAGAAGACCAUGCUGAUGUUGACCAUGCUGUUGGCCAAAAAGGUGGCCGAUCACACACCAUCCUUGCUCCAUGAUGUCUUUCGCACAACAGUGAAUGUUAUUAAUCAGAACCUACUCACCUAUGUGAGAAACUUAGUCAGAAAUGAGAUGGACUGAAUGGAUGACUGCAAAGCGUGUCUGGUUACAGUGGUUCUCAACCUUCCUAAUGCCGCGACUCUUGAAUACAGUUCCUCAUGUUGUGGUGACCCCCAACCAUA